AUGACGAAGAAUAUCCCACGGGUGAUAAUAUUUUUUUCAAUUUUAUUUAAUAUUAUUAUUAUUAUUAUCGCAUCUUCAAACGUACAUUACGAAGUACCUGAACCGACUUUUGAAAUUUUCUCGCCGAAAGAUUUCAGAAAUGUCGAAUCCGUAGAUUUUAUCAUUUCCCUUCCGAAGACGAAUGAAAUAUUGGAACAUAGAGCAGAAAGACCCGAUGGUGGAUUUUGGAUGUACUGGAAUCCAGAUGUUUCCAUUUAUCUCUGCGAAAUUAUUUAUUAUAAAAUAAUUGUUAAACAAUCGAGUUAUUAUUGGAAAAAAGAUGGAGUUACACCGCUUACGACGACGGGUCGUUCAAAUGACACUUAUUGCGACGAAUAUGGAGGUCGAAAGAUUAUCACGGGAUUUCCCAGUUUGGAUGAAUUUCAUAAUCGUGCGAAAUUAAUAGCUUCUGGGGCAUCAUCAUCAUCAUCCGAUAUUAGAUCGUCGUAUUCAUUAAUAAAAGAUUCAAGUUUAAAACCUAUUACGAAAGCUAAAACUUCAACAACUUCCGGUACGUUUUUUAUAAAUCCUUCGGGUUUCGUUGAAGGAGGAACGGGUUACAAAACGGAAUCCACGUACGAUUCGACUAAAAACGAAGGGGAACAAUGGAAUUAUCACGAAUCGAAAUUAACUCAAGAGGAUUUGGAAAGAAUAAAACAAACGUACAAAUCCGGAUAUUACGGACUUCAAGAAUUGACUAAUAAAUUAUUUCCGAACGGUCGCGACGUACUACCCGAUCACGAAUAUCGUGCCAUUCAUCGAACUCACGAAUCCACGAUAUCCGAUGCGAAACAACAAAUCCCUCCGACUCGUGGUGCCAUAUUAAAAACGACGGAAUUUCAUCAUAGAGAAGAACAAUCGUCUUCCGGAAGAGAUGAUGGAUAUGUUUAUGAUAACGUGAGAGGAAUGACAACACCGCAACAACAACAAAUAUCUCACGUGUCUCAUAAUUACGAUUAUGCUUAUCAAAACGUUCCAAUGAUGUCUUCCUCUUCAUCUUACGGACAGGAUAAUUAUAAUAAUCAAAGAGAAUUCAACACGGGUCAAAUUUCUACAACGCUCGAAAAUAGGCAAACGUUCAGAGAUCGUACCUACGAUGGAAAUUCCAUAUUUGCAUCUUUUAAAACGAUCAAUCCGAGGUACCCGCAAGAAUGCGUUUUUAAUCCUUCUUCCGAUUACGUACUUUCGGGUAACGUUAAAGAAAUAGAAAAAUUCACGUACGAACUCAGCUGUUUGGGUACCCUCGUGGAAAAUUCAAUGAAAAGAGAAAUCAACAAGAACAAAUGA